AUGUACAGUACAAUAUCUGUGCUCUUCCUAAGAUCUUUGAUUAUUGACCGACAUAUAGAAAUUGUGGAGAUAGAUUAUCUUCUCAGAAGACCAGCGGCAGCUAUAGAGCGAGAACUGACUAUUCAAAAGCGUGUUGUCUCCCUCUUUGCUAUGAAGAAAAAGCUAGAGAGACUGCCGACAGAUUUUAGAUUCAUAUUGAAAUGGUCCCAGUCGUUUUCCCAUUACAACAAUUUGAUAUACAAGAACGGACAGCAACCGUUCCUGGAUAACAAUUGCACUUUUCGCAACUGCUACUUGACUAACGAUAAAGGUUUAAUUACUGACGUCACAUUCUUCGACGCCAUCCUCUUCGAUGUGGAAAACAGGUGGGACCCCCAUCCAAUUGAGAGGUCCCAAUACCAACGCUUCGUUUUCGUCGGAGCCGAAUCGGCAGCAAACUUCCCGAUUUGUGCGAAAAUUUAUAACGACUACUACAAUCUUACUUGGACUUACAAAUUGGAUUCUGACAUAAGUAACGCAUACCUAAAUAUUCUUGAUAAAAAUGGCACUAUAGUUGGUCCUAAAGUUGACAUGACUUGGAUUAAACCAAUGGCUGCUACUCCAGAUGAAGUGACAGUGAAGAUUGCUAAGAAAACCAAAGCUGCAGCUUGGUUCGUGUCAAACUGCAACGCGAAAAAUGACAGACGUGUAAUAGCAAAUCAUAUAAGAGAAGCUCUGAUGGCAUAUGGUUUGGAUAUAGAUAUUUACGGUUGGUGCGGUAAAAUGGUAUGCCCGAAGAAUCAAUUCAGUGAGUGCCUACAACUUCUGCAGGAGGAUUAUUAUUUCUAUUUGUCUUUUGAGAAUUCAGACGCUGAAGACUAUGUGACUGAAAAGCUGUUACAUGCUGUAAUGAACUAUGCUGUGCCUAUUGUGUAUGGAGGUGCAAAUUAUUCUAGAUUUCUCCCUCCUGGAUCUUACAUAAACGCUAAAGAACAGGAUGCUAUCAGUAUAGCAUUCGCCAUUAACGAAGCAAUGAAGAAUCCCAAAGUGUAUGAAAAAUAUUUCAGAUGGCACAACUAUUAUUCUUACGCGAAGGCAGGUGAGAAAGCAGAAGUAUGCAAACUCUGUGAGGUCCUGAACUCCCCACCCACUUUCACCGCAAAAAAGGAUUUCAAGGAUUGGUGGAACACAAAGGGCACUUGUAAAACUACUAUUUGAUAAAUUAGAUCCUGUUAGCAACAUAGGAGGGGCCAUGUUAGAUAGGAAAUCUAAAAGAAAAUACAUAUUGACAUUGUACCUGUUAAUGUCGUCGCCUGAUCAUAAUAAUUAAUUCGGCAAAUCAUACAAUUCCGGCAGGCAUAUAUUUCCCAAAUAGACCUGCCGCGGACACUCGCUUCGCUCGUUUGACAUGAAUUACCCGUGGUCAAAACUCCUACCUUACCUGGAUUAUAUUUAACUUGGCUCAAAAAAUUACACCAAAGCAUUUAUAGUUUAAUUGUUUAACAAUACAUUUUAAAUAAAAUAUUUUUUUGAAAAAGAUUUAAAUACUGCGUGAAACUCCGUUAAGUACCUAGUUUUUAGAAUCAUA